AUGAGCGCGCGCCUGCCGUGCGUCCUGCGCCCGUUCUGCCGCCUGCCGCCGCCCCGGAGCCCGCCGCGCCGCCUCCGUGUGCCCUGUCGCGCCAGCGGCGGCGGCGGGGGAUGUGGCGGCCGGGAGGGCCUGCUCGGGCAGCGGCGGCUGCAGGAUGGCCGGUCCCGGAGCAGCUGCAGCCCCGGCAGCCGGGCGCCCCCGGUGCGGGACUCCAUCGUCAGAGAAGUCAUUCAGAAUUCAAAAGAAGUCCUGAGUUUAUUGCAAGAAAAAAACCCUGCCUUUAAGCCAGUUCUUGCUAUUAUCCAGGCAGGUGAGGACCACUUGAUGCAGGAAAUAAACCAGAACUUGGCUGAGGAGGCUGGUCUGAACAUCACUCACAUUUGCCUCCCUCCAGAUAGCAGUGAAGAUGAGAUUGUAGAUGAAAUCUUGAAGAUUAGUGAAGACAUCACAGUACAUGGCCUUGCCCUUCAGAUCUCUGAGAACUCAUUUAGCAACAAAGUCCUCAAUGCCUUGAAACCAGAAAAGGAUGUGGAUGGAGUAACAGAUGUAAACCUGGGGAAGUUGGUACGCGGGGAUGCUCCUGAAUGUUUUGUUUCACCUGUUGCCAAAGCUGUAAUUGAACUUCUUGAAAAAUCAGUCGGUGUCAACUUAGAUGGAAAGAAGAUCUUGGUCAUAGGGGCCCAUGGAACUUUGGAAGCUGCCAUCCAAUGCCUAUUCCAAAGAAGAGGGUCCAUGACAAUGAGCUCCCAGUGGAAGACACCUCAACUGCAAAGCAAGUUUCACGAGGCUGACAUCGUGGUCUUAGGCUCACCUAAGCCAGAAGAGAUUCCCCUUACUUGGAUACAACCAGGAACUACUGUUCUCAAUUGCUCCCAUGAGUUCCUGUCAGGGAAGGUUGGAUGUGAUUCCCCUGGGGCACAUUUUAGUGGACUCACUGAGGAAGAUGUGAGUGUCCUUGCUGCAGCUCUGCGGAUUCAGAACAUGGUCAGUAGUGGAAGAAGAUGGCUUCGUGAACAGCAGCACAGGAGCUGGAGACUCCACUGCUUGAAACUUCAGCCUCUCUCCCCUGUGCCAAGUGAUAUUGAGAUUUCAAGAGGACAGACUCCAAAAGCCGUGAAUGUGCUUGCCAAGGAGAUAGGAUUGCUUGCAGAUGAAAUUGAAAUCUACGGCAGAAACAAAGCCAAAGUGCGUUUGUCCGUGCUAGAAAGGUUAAAGAACCAAGCAGAUGGAAAAUACGUCUUAGUUGCUGGGAUCACACCCACGCCUCUUGGAGAAGGGAAGAGUACGGUCACAGUUGGGCUCGUGCAGGCACUGACCGCGCACCUGAACAUCAAUUCCUUUGCCUGUCUGAGGCAGCCUUCCCAAGGACCGACUUUUGGAGUGAAAGGAGGAGCUGCGGGUGGUGGCUACGCCCAGGUCAUUCCCAUGGAAGAGUUCAACCUUCACUUGACUGGGGACAUCCACGCCAUUACCGCUGCCAAUAACUUGCUGGCUGCUGCUAUUGACACAAGGAUUUUGCAUGAAAACACCCAGACAGACAAGGCUCUGUAUAAUCGGCUGGUUCCUUUAGUGAAUGCUGUCAGAGAAUUUUCAGAAAUUCAACUUGCUCGGCUAAAAAAACUGGGAAUAAACAAGACUGAUCCAAGCACGUUGACAGAAGAGGAAAUGUGUCGCUUCGCCCGUCUCAACAUCGACCCUCCCACCAUCACAUGGCAGAGAGUAUUGGAUACAAAUGACCGAUUUCUGCGAAAAAUAACGAUCGGGCAAGCAAGCACCGAAAAGGGGUAUUCCCGGCAGGCGCAGUUUGACAUCGCUGUGGCCAGUGAGAUCAUGGCAGUGCUGGCCCUGACUGACAGCCUCACAGACAUGAAGGAGAGGCUGGGAAGAAUGGUGGUGGCCAGUGACAAAGGCGGGCAGCCUGUGACCGCAGACGAUUUGGGGGUGACAGGUGCCUUGACAGUUUUGAUGAAAGAUGCAAUAAAACCAAAUCUGAUGCAGACCCUAGAAGGAACACCUGUAUUUGUGCACGCUGGCCCCUUUGCUAACAUCGCUCACGGCAACUCUUCAGUGUUGGCUGACAAAAUUGCCCUGAAACUUGUUGGUGAGGAAGGAUUUGUAGUGACGGAAGCUGGCUUUGGUGCUGAUAUUGGAAUGGAGAAGUUUUUCAACAUCAAGUGCCGAGCUUCUGGCUUGGUACCCAAUGUGGUUGUGUUGGUGGCAACCGUGCGAGCUCUGAAGAUGCAUGGGGGUGGCCCAAGUGUAACUGCUGGUGUUCCUCUUAAGAAAGAAUAUACAGAGGAGAACAUCCAGCUGGUGGCGGACGGCUGCUGUAACCUGCAGAAGCAAAUUCAGAUCGCUCAGCUCUUCGGGGUUCCCGUUGUGGUGGCUCUGAAUGUCUUCAAGACCGACACCCGCGCUGAGAUUGACUUGGUGUGUGAGCUCGCAAAGCAGGCUGGUGCCUUUGAUGCGGUCCCCUGCUAUCACUGGUCGGUUGGUGGAAGAGGAUCAGUAGACUUGGCUUGGGCUGUGAGAGAAGCUGCCAGUCAAAGAAGCCGUUUCCAAUUCUUGUAUGAAGUUCAGCUUCCAAUUGUGAAAAAGAUAAGAACCAUUGCCCAGGCUGUCUAUGGAGCCAAAGAUAUCGAACUCUCUCCUGAGGCACAGUCCAAAAUAGAUCGUUAUACUCAACAGGGUUUUGGAAAUUUGCCCAUCUGCAUGGCAAAGACCCACCUUUCUCUCUCUCACCAACCUGACAAAAAAGGUGUGCCGAGGGAUUUCAUUUUACCUAUCAGUGAUGUCCGGGCCAGCAUAGGCGCUGGGUUCAUUUACCCUUUGGUCGGAACGAUGAGCACGAUGCCAGGACUGCCCACUCGGCCCUGCUUUUAUGAUAUAGAUCUUGAUACAGACACAGAGCAAGUUAAAGGCUUAUUCUAAGUGAAUGAGACUCUCCCAAGACCCAAUUUCAGGUUCCUGAAACACAAAGUGCUCCUUGCCUUUUUGCUGUAAUUGGAGAAGAAAGUGAAUUUGAAAUAUGCCUGUUAUGCAAUGUUAGAGAAAUGGCGAAAUAGGGCAGAGAUUUCUUCUUCGUUCAAGACAGAUUCUGUUUGCGUCAGAGUGUAGUGUUCAGCAAAAGGACCUCCACCAAGUCUGGAAGAGACUAAUUUAUUUUCUGUUUCUGCAGAGUUUACAUUAUUUCCGACUGCAUAUACUUUAGAAUGUUUAUUUUAUGGGGACCAAGGGAUUAAAAGAGUAUGAACUG